AUCUUCGCACAGGUGUACCACCACAAAGUUAUGAAAGUCACUAGCGACUUGUAUUACCACGUGUAGCUUGUGGCUGUAAUGCGUGCUUUUAGAAAAUAUAAUUAAUUUUGUCCCAAUUUUAUUCAUUAAUUAUGUCUAAACUCUAUGUGUUAUUCGAGCACGCCGCCGGCUAUGGAGUCUUCAAAGUCCAAGAAUUUGAAGAAAUUGGUAUGCUUUUACCCCAGUUGGAAGCAGCUAUACAUGACUUAGCCCGCUUUAAUAGUGUUGUUCAACUUGAGGGCUUUUCACCUUUUAAAACUGCAAUUUCGGCCUUGGAAAGUAUCAAUGCCAUUUCGGAGGGUAUUGUACCUGAAGACUUGUUACACUUUUUGGAUAUCACAGUCCCAAAAAGUAAGAAAAAGAAUAAGAUUACGUUGGGAGUUAGCGACCCCAAAUUGGGGGCUGCUAUUACUGAAGCUCUUGGGAUACAAUGCAGCCAUGUUGGGGCUGUCCCAGAGGUAAUUAGAGGUAUUAGGCAUCAUUUCCACAACCUUGUGAAAGGUUUUACUGAGAAAAGUUCAGCCGUGGCCCAACUUGGCCUUGGACAUUCAUAUUCAAGAGCCAAAGUCAAGUUUAACGUUCACAGAGUUGAUAAUAUGAUAAUACAAUCAAUAGCCCUUUUAGACCAACUUGACAAAGACAUCAACACUUUCUCAAUGAGAAUUCGCGAAUGGUACUCUUACCAUUUCCCAGAAUUGGUAAAAAUUGUCCCCGAAAACUACACUUACGCCCGUUUGACGAAAUUCAUAAAAAAUCGCAAAGAACUAACCGAUGACUCUCUUGCGGGUUUAGAAGAAAUCACAAUGGAUUCAGGCAAAGCUCAGGCAAUUUUAGACGCAUCCAAGUCCAGCAUGGGCAUGGAUAUAAGCGUAGUUGAUUUGCUAAAUAUCGAAAUGUUUGCCGGCCGAGUGAUAGCCCUUGCUGACUAUCGAAACCAACUUUCCGAGUAUUUGAGAACAAAAAUGACCGACGUGGCCCCAAACCUGGCAAAAUUAAUCGGAGAACAAGUAGGGGCCCGCUUGAUCGCUCAUGCUGGGUCUUUAACAAAUCUUGCGAAAUACCCAGCGUCCACAGUUCAGAUCCUUGGGGCCGAAAAGGCCCUUUUCAGGGCUCUCAAGACCAGAGGAAACACUCCGAAAUACGGGUUACUUUUCCAUUCCACUUUUAUUGGACGUGCCGGGGCAAAAAACAAGGGGCGCAUCUCGAGGUAUCUGGCAAACAAAUGCUCGAUAGCAUCACGAAUUGAUUGUUUUACUGAACAACCAACACAGAUCUUUGGAGAGAAAUUGAGACAACAAGUCGAAGAUAGGCUCAAGUUUUAUGAAACAGGAGACGUUCCAAAGAAAAAUAUCGAAGUAAUGAAGGAAGCAAUGGAGGAAUUGGAACAAGAAACAGCGCAAAAUAAAUCUGAGAAGAAGAAGAAAAAGAAGAAACGUAAGUUGAAUGAUACGAAUGAGUCAGUGGGGGAGAAUGGCGUGGGCGAGACUAAUGGGAAUGCAGAAGAGGCGGAGGAGCCGCCCAAAAAGAAGAAAAAGAAAAAUAAGAAGAAUAAGCAAGAAGACGCUGAGUAAUUGUUUGGGAAAGUCGGGUCUCUAUUUUUAUUCUUGUAAAACCUAUUGUUUUUAAAUAGAUACUUGAUCAAAUUA